AUGGCAUUGCUGACCGGGGAUACACUGGCGCCCCUGGCUGUGGCUGUGGCCAUCUUCCUGCUCCUGGUGGACCUGAUGCACAGGCGUCAACGCUGGGCUGCACGCUACCCACCAGGCCCCGUGUCUGUGCCGGGGCUGGGAAACCUGCUGCAGGUGGACUACCGGAACUUACCAUAUUGCAUGAACCAGCUGCGGCGCCGCUUCGGGGACGUGUUUAGUCUGCAGCUGGGCUGGACGCCGGUGGUCGUGCUCAACGGGCUGGCAGCCUUGCGCGAGGCGUUGGUGACCCGCGGCGAGGACACUGCAGACCGCGUACCUGCGCCCUUCUUUGAUCACUUGGGCUUCGGGCCGCGCUCCCAAGGAAUUUUCAUGGCACGGUACGGUCCUGUGUGGCGCGAGCAGCGGCGCUUCGCCUUGUCCACCCUGCGCAACUUCGGCCUGGGCAAGAAGUCGCUAGAGCAGUCGGUUACCGAGGAGGCCGCCUGCCUCUGUGCAGCCUUCGCUGAUCACGCCGGCCGCCCCUUUAGCCCAAACGCCCUCCUGAACAGAGCGGUGAGCAACGUGAUCGCCUCCCUCACCAUCGGGCGCCGCUUCGAGUACAACGACCCACUCCUGCUCAGGCUCGUGGACCUAGUUGAGACCCAUCUGAAGGAGGAGAGCAGCAUCGUGUCCAUGGUGCUAGGUUUUGUCCUGAUGCUCCUGCGCAUCCCAGGGCUGGCUGGCAAAUUCUUACACGGAAGAAGGGACUUCCUGGCCCAACUGGAUGAGCUGGUGACUGAGCACAGAAUGACGCGGGAUCCGGUCCAGCCACCCCGAGACCUGAUAGAUGCCUUCCUGGAUGAGAUGGACAAGGCCAAGGGGAACCCCGAGAGCAGCUUCAAUGCUGAGAACCUGCGCCUGGUGGUAUUUGAUCUGUUCGCUGCUGGGAUGGUGACCACCUCCAUCACGAUGUCCUGGGCCCUCCUGCUCAUGAUUCUGCACCCGGAUGUGCAGCGCCGUGUCCAACAGGAGAUCGACGAAGUGAUAGGGCAGGCGCGGCCACCAGAGAUGGCUGAUCAGGCCCGCAUGCCCUUCACCACCGCCGUGGUUCACGAGGUGCAGCGCUUUGGGGACAUCAUCCCCCUAGGAGUGCCCCACAUGACCACUUGUGACACUGAAGUGCAGGGUUUCCGCAUCCCCAAGGGCACAAUCCUCUGCACCAAUCUGUCAUCAGUGCUGAAGGAUGAGGCCAUCUGGAAGAAGCCCUUUAACUUCUACCCGGAACACUUCCUGGACACCCAGGGCCGCUUCGUGAAGCAAGAGGCCUUCAUACCUUUCUCAGCAGGCCGGCGCGUAUGCCUUGGAGAGUCCUUGGUCCGCAUGGAGCUCUUCCUCCUCUUCACCUGCCUCCUGCAGCACUUCAGCUUCUCCGUGCCUGCUGGACAGCCCCGGCCCAGUGACCAAGGUGUCUUUCACAUAAUGGUGGCCCCAUCCCCCUACCAGCUAUGUGCUGUGCCCCGAUAGAGAUGCCAUAGCCCCCAAUCUGCUCCUCAACUGUAGCCCUGCUGUUCAAUAAACCAGUCUAGUAGCUCCUG